AUGAAGACUGUGGUUCUGCUGCUUUAUCUUCUGGGAUCAACUCAGUCAUUACCCAUGCAGCUCAAACCUGCUUUGGGACUUCCUCCAAUGCAGCUGGUUCCAGAUCAGACAACCCUACUAAACCAACAGCAGCCAAAUCAGGUCUUCCCUUCUUUAAGUCUAAUACCAUUGACACAGCUGCUCACCAUGGGUUCAGAUCUGCAACUGCUAAAUCCUCCUCCUGCAAGAAUGGCACCUGCUGCCCACACCCUCCCACUGACCCUGGGGGGGUUGAAUGUUCAACAGCAACUGCAACCCCAAAUGUUGCCACUUAUCGUAACACAACUUGGAGCCCAGGGUACUAUCCUAAGCUCAGAGGAAUUGCCAGUGGCCCCACAAAUCUUAGGCCUCAUCUUCCACCCCUUGUUCUCCGGAGCCAUCCUGCCCACCAACCACGCUAAUGCAGACGUCCAGAACACAAUCCUUCCUGCGGGGCAAGCAGGAGUAAAUCCUGCCAUCCAGGGAGCCCCGGAAGGCCCCUCCCCGAUGCCCAGUGGCACAGAUGAUGACUUUGAAGGGACUACUCCUGCGGGCAUUCAAAGGGGCUUGCACAUUCCUGAGGAAACCACUACCGGGUUCCCCAAUGGAAUUCAGUAA